AUGCUCAACGAGGACGAAUUGCGAGACGCGGUGCUGCUUGUGUUCGCCAACAAGCAGGAUCUUCCGAAUGCCAUGAACGCUGCAGAGAUUACCGAUAAGCUUGGUCUUCAUUCAUUGCGCCAGCGUCAAUGGUACAUCCAGAGUACUUGCGCUACCUCAGGAGAAGGUCUCUAUGAGGGUCUCGACUGGCUGUCCAACAACAUCCAGUCCAAGGACUAA